AUGGUGCGUUUACGGGAGAUACCCCGGACCGCUGCGUUCGCUUGGUCGCCAGGAGCUGCAUCGCCUUUGGUGGCUACUGGUACAAAAGCUGGGGCUGUUGAUAUCGAUUUCAGUAACGAGACGUGCCUGGAAUUGUGGGAUUUGGGAUUAGACGGCAAGGGACAAUCGAGCGAGUUGAAACCUUCUGGCAAGGCUGCGACAGAAGCUGGCUUUCAUGAUCUUGCGUGGACGAAUUUCGGGACGAACUCGAGGAGGGGCAUAAUCGCGGGCGCAUUGGACGAUGGUUCUCUGAGCUUAUGGGAUGCAGAUAAGCUUCUAGCAGGGGAUGAGUCAAGCCUCGUAUCAAGUACAAAGAAGCACGGUGGCGCCAUUAAAGCUCUCCAGUUCAAUCCCAAGCACUCCAAUCUGGUUGCAACGGGCGGGACCAAGGGAGAGCUCUAUAUUACGGACCUCAAUGACGUGUCGGCCCCGACAAGGUUGGGCAGUACCGCAGCCAGGGCCGAUGAUAUCGAUUGUCUAGACUGGAAUAAGAAGGUCGCUCACAUCAUGGUCUCAGGUAGUAGUGGUGGCUUCGUUACAGUUUGGGAUAUGAAGACCAAAAAAGAGAGCUUAACACUGAACAAUAUGGGAAGGAGGGCUGUCAGUGCUGUUGCUUGGGAUCCGGAGAAGCCUACCAGGCUGAUAACGGCUAUACCGCUUGAACAAGAGCCUCUCAUCCUGGUCUGGGAUUUACGGAACGCGAACGCCCCAGAGCGAACAUUACGAGGGCAUGAAUCUGGCAUUCUGUCCCUAUCAUGGUGCACGCAAGACAGCGAUCUGUUGUUGUCCUGCGGAAAAGACAAUCGUACCAUCUGUUGGAAUCCUCAAACUGGCGAAGCUCUUGGGGAUUUCCCAGUGGUCACGAAUUGGACGUUCCAAACAAGAUGGAAUCCUCACAAUCCUAAUCUCUUUGCAACCGCCUCUUUCGACGGCAAGGUGUCGGUGCAGACCCUACAGAGUACAAACCCGGGAGCAGCCCAGGAGAGCAACCAAGGUCAAAGUCUUGAUGGGGAAGACUUCUUCUCAAAAGCACAAUCGCAGCCUCAGACCGCUUCUUUUUCGUUGGCUAAAGCGCCAAAAUGGAUGGAACGACCUGUCAGUGUGUCGUUCGGAUUUGGCGGCCGGAUCGUGGCUGUGCGACCAUCACAGCCAGGGACAUCGCGAGCCUCGAAAGUCGAGAUCGUCAAAUUCGAGGUUGAUUCGGAUGUCGGAGCGUCUACUGAUGUUUUCGAGCAAGCUCUACAAUCCGGUGAUUUACGUAGUGUCUGUGAAAGUAGGAUAGCAAAUGCCAAAAAUGAGGAGGACAAAGGAGAUUGGAAGGUCAUUCAGACCUUGGUUGCACAAAAUCCAAGAAAAGAGCUGGUCGACUAUCUUGGUUUCAAUGAAACAGAUGAGGCUGCAGAUGGCAUCGCCAAACUUGGAAUAGGAGAUGACCAGGACAAGUCCUCAGAACCAAAAGUCAAUGGCGCUGAGAGCAAAGGGCACAAACGGUUUUCAUCCAUGUUUGAGAGCACACCUGACGGAGACUUCCUCUCUGAACUUGCUGCUACCAAAGGCACGAAAACCAACAAUCCAUUCCAGAUAUACUCAGGCUCCGAGUCAGAGUCCGACCGUCGAAUUACACGAGCACUUCUACUGGGACAAUUCGACAAGGCUUUGGAUGUUUGCCUACAAGAAGACCGAAUGGCGGAUGCUUUUAUGCUCGCUAUCUGUGGCGGAGAGUCUUCAAUUCGGAAAGCUCAAGAUGCCUACUUCUCAAAGCAGUCUGAUGGUCCAAACUAUCUGCGUCUCUUAGCUUCGGUGGUUGGCAAGAACUUAUGGGAUGUUGUCCACAAUGCUGAUCUCAAGAACUGGAAAGAGGUCAUGGCAACGCUUUGUACUUUUGCGGACGAGAAGGAGUUUCCGGACUUGUGUGACGCGCUAGGUGAUCGUCUCGAGGAAAAGUCCCAAUCACAAAGAGAUGCUUGUUUCUGCUUCCUGGCAGGCUCAAAGCUAGAAAAGGUCGUCCCCAUCUGGCUUGAUGAGCUGCAGGAACAGGAAGCGGCUGGUGCAGCCCAAGAGACCGACGGCUCGGCCUUCUCAAUUCAUGCCAGGGGCUUGCAAGGCUUUAUCGAAAAAGUCACCGUCUUCCGAAAGGUCACCAAUUUUCAGGAUACCGAACUAUCGAAGACGUCGGAAUGGAAGCUUGACCAACUCUACAGCAAAUAUCUGGAGUAUGCUGAUAUUGUUGCUUCGCACGGUCAACUUGCCGCAGCGGAAAGAUACCUUGAUCUGGUCCCAGCUGGUUAUCCGGAAGCAGAGGUUGCUCGAAGUCGAAUCAAACAAGCCACCAAGAAGUCUGCUCCUGUUGUCACGUCAAGCUCACAGCCAACCACUGGGCGGCAGAAGCCUCUACCCGCUGCCGGAGGCUACCAACCUCAACAGUCAACGUUUAUGCCUACCCCUCCGGCUCCGUCCUAUGGAGCUCCAGCGCCUGCCCAACCAUCGAAUACGUAUGCUUCCCCUGCAGCUGCUCCAUCGGGAAAUCCCUAUGCUCCUCAGCAAGCAUCUCACGCGCAGAACCCAUAUGCUCCUACCGGAGGUUAUCAGCAACCUCAACAGAUGCGAGGCCCAGGCAUGCCUGCUCCCCCUCCAUAUGGCAGCUUCCAGCCUAGCUCAGUGCCUCCUCCGCCGCGAGCUUCCAACCAAUCCCCUGCUAUACCACCUCCAUCCAAAGUUUCGAAUAUGUCGAACUGGAACGACAUUCCAGACAAUUUCGCAAAGGCCCCAACUCCGCGUCGCGGUACACCGACCGUCGCCGCCCCACCAGUAGCUCAACCUUUUAAUGUUCAGCAACCAGCAAGCCCACCACAAGGUCCUUUGCCACCACCCAUGGCUCCUCCAUAUGGCGCUGGGAAGAGAGCACCGCCUCCGGUUCCUCCUCCACCCAGAGGAGGUGCGCCUCCUCCGCGCACCAUGUCUCCGAAAACUACCGGCCCGCCUCAGUCAUAUCCACCUCCUAAUCGGCCUGCAUCGUCUGCAUCGAACGCUUAUGCUCCACCGCCCCCACAAUCGGUCUCAUCGCCACCAAUCGGACAGCAUAUGAUGCAGCCGCCCAUUCCACGAGGCCCGUCACCUUACAAUGCCCCGCCGUCCAAUGCUCCACCACCAAACAGAUAUGCUCCAGCUCCUGGCUCACAACAACCUGGACCUCCUCAACCGUUACCACGGUCUUCUAUUCCUCCACCGCCGCAAGCUUCUGCGUACCAGUCCGGACCGCUACCUGCAAACCCGUAUGCCCCCUCGCAACCGCCACAGCAGGCUCCGGCACAGAGUCCCUAUGCCAGAAUGCCCUCAGCGCCACCUCAAGCGCCACCUCAAGCAUCUCCGCCACCAGCUCAAGCGCCACCAGCCCAAGGUCCACCUCAGCAGACGUCUCGCCCUGACACUGCGCAAUCUGAAACCAGGUCGUCCAAAUCUCAAUCCAAGUCCCCUCCCGACUACGAAAAACUCAUCCCUCCCCCCGCCCUGCCCAUCUACACCAUCCUCAAAGCUGAAUUCUCGCGGGUCGCCCCCCUUGCGCCACCCGCCUUCAAAAAGCACGUCAUCGACCUCGACAGGCGCCUCGGCAUGCUCUACGACCAUCUGGCCAAGGGCGAUCUGAUCAAGCAGGACACGAUCCCUCAGCUGGUGGAGCUGGCGCAGGCGCUGCAGGCAAGAGACUACGAGCGCGCCCAGACGUUGCAGACGGAUAUCCACCGCGAUAAGAUGGAGGAAUGCGGGCAGUGGAUGGCGGGCGUGAAGCGGUUGAUUGCUAUGAGUAGGGCUACGCCUUAG